AUGGAGAUGGAAGAGUUGUAUGUGAGUCCAGAUGAUCAUAGCAGAAGGAGCAAUCAUGCUGAGGAAGAUGAACACGGACUGAAACGGGCAGCUUUAGAGAGCCUGCCCACUUUUGAUCGUUUAAGGACUGCUUUCAUGGAGUCGUAUGCAACACAAGACAUUGAAAACCAACAAGGUGAUACAGUCCACAAACAAGUUGAUGUAAGAGACCUCGGUGCAGAUGACCACCAACAGAUUAUCGAUAAGUUGUUUAAGGUUGUGGAAGUAGAUAAUGACAGGUUCUUGAGGGAGCUACGAGAAAGAUUCCACAGGGUUGGCAUUACUCUUCCAACAGUAGAAGUCCGUUUCAAGAAUUUAACAAUGAAAGCUAAUUGCUUUGUUGGUAACCGAUCUAUACCGACUUUGACAAACACUCUACGCAACCUUGCAGACACGGUUUUUGGUUUUCUUGGUAUUGGAUUAUCAAAGAGGGGAAAGAUUACAAUUCUUGAUGAUGUUUCUGGGAUGAUCAAGCCUUCAAGGAUGACUCUUCUACUAGGUCCGCCCUCCUCCGGAAAAACGACUCUAUUGUUGGCUUUGGCAGGUCGGGCCAACCCAGGUUUAACGGUUGAAGGAAACGUGACAUAUAACGGGCAUACACUUAAAGAAUUCGUCCCACAAAGGACAUCUUCAUACAUCAGCCAAAUUGAUGUUCAUGUAGGCGAAAUGACAGUAAAAGAAACACUAGAUUUUUCAGCUCGGUGCCAAGGAGUUGGAUCUCGAUAUGAAUUACUGAGCGAGCUUGACAUGGGAGAAAAACAGGCUAACGUUUCUCCAAAACCAGAGGCCACCGCAAUGGAAGGUGUUGAGCAUAAUCUAAUUACUGAAUACAUUAUCAAGAUACUCGGACUAGAGAUAUGUCGGGACACUGUUGUUGGAAACCAAAUGAUACGAGGAAUAUCCGGAGGACAGAAAAAACGACUAACAACGGGUAAUAUCACUUGA